GAAAACUAACAAAAACAUUGUUGAUUUCGUUCGAGGAUCUAUGCAGUUUAGACAUUCGUAAACCGCUUCCCAUAGUUCGAAUUCAAUUUGUAACUGUUUCAACGGCAAAACUAGGGAAGUUAAAAAGCUGGCGCGAGUUAAAAACACUUUAGAAUCUUUCUGGCAUUUCUGUAAUACGGACUGCAUCUUGCUGCACCUUGGUUUCGCAGUUUCUUUGUUGGAGUGCUUACCGUGAACCGAAUAGGCUACAAUGGAGGUCCAAAACAAAUCCACUGAAAUCCGCUGCCAAGAGAUGUCGAAGGGAGGGCUGGCGUACGAGGUGAUCCUCGCCGAGCCGGUGGGAGUGCCGGUGCCGCGGCGCGCCGACUCGCCCGAGAAGACGCCCUCCGUCGAGGAGAUCCAGGAGAAGCUGAAGGCGGCCGAGGAGAGGAGACGCAGUUUGGAGGCCAGCAGAAUGGCGGCGAUCGCACAGAAGAUGCAGAAGAUAGAGGAGGCGUCGCGCAUCAGGAGCGAGCAGACCAACAACUUCAUCGCGGCCACCAAGGAGGCGCUCGACGCCAAGAUGGACUCGCACGAGGAGAAGCGCGAGGCGUACAUCAAUGAGCUGCGCGCGAGGCUGAAGGACCAUCUGGAGGGUGUCGAGAAGACCAGGUUAACCCUGGAACAGCAGACGUCGGAAGUAUACAAGGCGAUCGAGGACAAAAUGAACACAGCGGCCGACAAACGCGAUGAGAACAUCAAGAAGAUGCUCGAGCGUCUGCGAGAACAUGAGGAGCAGGUGCGCAAAGUGCGAGCGGGCAACCAGGAGAAGUUCCAACAGCUGGAGAGCUCCAUCCAGGACAAGCUGCAUCAGGCCGCCGAGCGCCGCCUGCAGCUGGAGGCCGAGCAGAGGGAGAAGUUGCGCAACCACAACAAUAAGCUCCUGGAGGUGAAGUCCACCCUGUCGGCCAAGGUAGACGAGAUCACCACAAGCAUUGAGACCAAGCUCACCGCCGCAGAACAGAAAAGAGAAAAGGAGAUCCAAAAGAAAUUGGACUUCGUCAAAAAAGAGGAGCGACGCGCGGAGAUGGUGCGGCAGAACAAGAGCGCGCGCGCCGAGAGCGACGCGCCCACCUCCGGCUAGAGCCGCCCCUCCCCCGCCCGCGCACGCCGCGCCGCACGCUCCGCCGCACGCACGCACUCGCGACACGUGCGCGCACCAGAACCUAUACACUUGUAGACCAUUGAUCAAACCUUGGAACGACGUGUGGCAGUGCAGUGGGCCAAGUUACUGGGCCAAUGUGUUGGCGCAUGCAUUCAUCUACUUAAAGGUUCUCAGGGCUCUCUGCAAAUGACAUUCACAUGUUGUUUACACACACUAUGUCAGAACAAUUAUAUGCUGGCCCAGUAUCUUGGAACAUUGUAUACUGCUGCCUUUACAGUCAGUUCACUCAGCGUUGUAUCGUUCGGUUCACUUUUUGAGUAAGAUCUAAAUUUUCAUCCCUUAAUAUCUUGUCUGGUAUACUACAUAAAUAUGAAUACAAAUCUGUUUGUGUAGUUAGAAGGUAUGGCGGCAUAAAGGUACUCUAAUACAGACAUAAAACUUGAAGAGUACACACUUCUUUUACUGACAGUAAAAACGUGGCGAUGCAACGCGUUUGUUCGUUUAACUUUUUUAUUAGUUGAGUUCCCAUAACGAAGCUUUGCUUCGCUAGUUAACACCGCACUUUUUCAUGGCGUACCUGAGAAAUUUAAAGUUGUUAAGUUUUACGAAUUUAUUACAAACAUUACCGGGAAAUUUAAAUUUCAAAGUCUCUGUUGAAUUUUAUAUGAGUAGGUACUCCUUUUUAUUAAGGGAACUUCUAUAGAUUUCUUUGUCUAUGCCCGACUACGCACUGACGCCAUGCCAUAAACAAUGAUCUCAAAUUAAGCGCGUAGUGGUUUUAAUUAUCGGAAGCGUGGUUGUCGGGACGACAAAAUGUUUAGGAAUUUUUACUUAUGGCAGCAUUGUUGUUGCAAUUUAACAACUUUGAUUAAAUAUGUUGCGGGGUGGCAACUGUGAUUACCUAUGUUGUUGCGGCGGGACAACUGAUUGUUACCAAUGUUGUGUCGUAUCAACAAUGAGUACUAAUGUUUUGUUGCAUAGUAACAUCAUUUAAUACCAAAGUUGUCUAAUUGUGGCAAUAACAUUGACAACGCGUUAAUGCCAUGUUGUGAAAAAUGAUCUCAAAUGCGUCGUCAUUUAGUAAAGUUGCGUGUGAAGGAAUUUUGAAUAAAAGAAAGAAGCAUUUAACUUCUUGCCAAUAGCUGAUAAUUUGCAAUUAGAGAUCCUUGAAGGUCAUAAUUUAAAUUUUAUUAUAAUUAGAAGGCAAGUCGUCUAUUUGCUAUUUAGGUUCGGCAGUUCAUAAAAGUGCGGCGUAGAACGACAGGGGUGUUGAACACCAAAUGAAAUUAAGAUGCUAUAAGAAUAUCAACAUCAUAAAUGUAGAAUACGAAAAUAAAGUAACGCUUACGUCAGUGUUACGUGUCGGUUGAAUUUUGUGGAAAACAUGAAAAAUGUGAAGCUUACAAAUAAUUUUGAAUUUUUAAUGUUAUUUUGUUUUAACUUUAAUUAAAGGCAAUAUCGCUAAAAGUCACUUAUCAUGGCCUAUCGUUAGAUGAAAUUAAAUAAUAUCGGUCUGAGACAUGGUGUUGCGAAUUCGAACUUUUAAUACAGCUACUAAAAGUUGAGACAAAGUUUGUAUAGGGCUUGGGGUAUCCGUACAGCUAAUAAAACGACUAAAGCUUCAAUACUAACAUCUCUAAUGUGGAGCCCCGUUCGAAGUGUAUUUUUUUACUACGGGAGGGAAGGUUAAAGGAAUUAAAACAAUUAUUCCUAAUCGUUAGUUAUAGUCUAAUAUCAUUAUUUUUAAUGUUUAACAUAACGCAACAGUAUUUUAGGGAAGUAUAAUCUAAAUUUAAGUUCUCUCAUAUCCCACGCUAUAGACUGUCAGUUAAUGUAUUUGAAUGUUUCUUUUUAAUAUUUCUAUAGGAUAGGUUCGUCGUGAGUCGUUUGUGGUUGCGUCGGUAUUGUUCAGUCGAUGGAUGCUUUGCCCGGUUAUUAGCAAGCGUUUGGCACUACAAACACUUUGUCUGCAAUGUUGUUGCAUGACAACGACAAACAAUCAACUUUGUUGUUUUGUGGCAACAACAGUUAUCAUAAUUGUUGUAUUGUAGCAACAACAACUUUUAUAUUAUGGCAACAAUGGUUAUAAAUGUUGUUGAGUCGUCGAAACUUUUAUGGAUUAAGCAUAAUAUGACCAAAUAUUCCGAAUGUGUUCGAUUCAAGUAGUUCAAUUGAUUAAUAAUCUUGAAACUCAAGGUGUUUGUAAUGCUUAAACUAUUCUUUUGCCUAAAGUAAAAUCUAGUCCACGUUUAAAUUUAAUUUUUAAGUCGUACACGUCACUUACAAUGAUCUCAAAAGCAAGCACAAUGAGGAAACAAUAGUUAGUCGAUAGCAAAAGUGCCUCGAGGUUCGUGUAUUGCUCAUGAACAAUAUCACUAAAUGUAUGUAACGUAACUGCCUUUAUAGCGUUUUAUAUUUUUUUAAACGUAGGAGAAUGAUGGCUAUUUCUGAUACACGUCGCACCGCUGCCGUAUCUCUGCAUUCGAAUUUGUAUUUUAUAACUUAUGCACUGAAGGUUCAUUUUCCUCUUAUUCCCAAUAUAAAUUGCUGGAAUAAUGAUUCAACAACAAAGAUGUCAUUAUAAAAUGUAUCAACAGUCUUUGGCUUAAGGCUCAUAUUUAAAUGUCAAAUUGUUUGCUGUGCGUGAGCGGUGCGGCGUUGGUCAGCGUUGGCCGAGAGGCACCGGGCCGCGGGUUGGUGUUGGACACAAACUGCUUCUGUGAUGUUUUGCUCUAGUGAUAUCGUAUCGAUUAUUCAGUUAGGCACAAAUUAUAUCGAUACAUUAUAGCACACCUUAGCUAGUGUACAAUUUGGAAACCCCACAUUUUAAACUACCGCCGCGUCUAAAAACAACAUGGCGGUCGAUCGUUUCCGAACUGUAUGACAGGUAAGCUGUGGUAAUAGUUAAUCGCGUUAAAAAUCUCCCGUAUUAUCUACAAUUCAGCUAAUCGAUUGCAAUAUUAUAACACUAGCAGAGAAAAGUCGAUUUUUGGAUUUCAUUGUUAGAAUCUUAAAAUGUUUUAUAAUAAUUCUAAAACUUGAUAUUAUUCGUAAAUACAUAGAAAUGCGGGAGUAUUCGUUUGGCUAAUGGAGUGGAAUAAGGAAUUAUUGGUUAUGGAAUAGUUAGACGAGUGGCGGUAAAAUAUUUGACACUUUUUAUAGUACAUUUUUUUCUAAGUCGAUUAAAAUAAUGUCAGUCUGUUUUGUCGUCGAUGUUAUGACAUUAUAUAAUAAUAAUUAUAAUUGUAUAUAAUAAACGUCUUUUUCGCGCAGCAAAUGUCUUUUGGCACAUUUGAUAACAAGUGAAGUGAAGUGAAUACAUAUUAUGCACAAUGUUUAUUAUUAUCUAACGUUAACUUUGUAGUACAAAUCGACAUGUUUAAUCUUUCACUCGAUUCGUUAAUCGAUUUUGACGUGCAUAGAUGUAAUCGUAAUUGCAUUGGAACAUGCCUAAUUUUUGAAUAUCGAAUGUUUCAAGAGCUAUUUGGUGCAAUAAGAAGGACUAUAAAAUAUUGAAAGAUGAUUGUAUCUUGCUUGGCGGGGCGACUGGCGAGCUUGCCUGCUUCACUAUACUAACGCUACGUAAGGGAACUAGGUGUAAGUUACUAGCUUGUUUAUAUAGCGGUGAAGACGUGAAAACCUCUGACCAAUUUGCCUUGAAUAUUGUGUAGCCUUUUAGACUCAAAGAUCGAGACAAAUCAUGUAUAGCGACGCCAACUUACGAGUAUAGCUUUCAGAGUCUACUGUGUAAAUUUUUGAAUUAAGAAUUCUUUCAGCUUUUUUUUGGGGACAGGCAAAGAUCGUUGACAAUACAGUUCAGUCGUCAAUGAAGUUCUUGAGCAUGUAUUUUAAUAGGCAAAGCCUUGUCUAUCGUUCCAUUUUUUAAAUUAUAUCUGGUUAUAGUUGCUUCCACACCUUCCCGACUUUUGAUACCAACUUACAGAGUACCAACUUCAAGACUAACAUAUUUUAUGUAUUGUCAACUGCAGUUAAGAUUUUAUUGAUUGUAAAACUUACACAGUACACUUUGAUAAUAACUUUUAACGUUUAUAUUUUAUUUUUCUGUUCUUAUAUUUUAGUAACGUUAGUCACUCUUUAUCCUCUAUGGUGUUAAGAUGUACGUUAAUUUUAUGUUUUGUGUAACUAUUAUAUUACUUAAUAUUAAUGUGCUUCAGUUUGUGAGGUAUUAAUAUGAAAUUGCUGUUUGAAGUGCAGGCAACUUUUGUAGUUUCAUUGUCGUAUUGAAUAAAGUCAUAAAUACUAAUAAA